GGGCGAGAUCCAGCGGAGAACAAUUCUGACGUAGGUAUGUGCAACGACGGUUACUACUUUAAAUGUCUUCCUGCAAUCUCCCCAAGAGCCAUUCCAAGGUGCAAUUUGUUAGACGUUACAUUCUCCCUUUACCCCUUCACUAGCCUACCCUGACCGAAUUACAUAUCGAACACCAUGCCGUACCUCAAACUCCGAGACGGAGCCCAGCUUUACUACAAGGAUUGGGGCAAUCCAGAUGGCGCGAUAGUCACCUUCUCUCAUGGCUGGCCGCUCAGCAGCGACAACUGGGAGAACCAGAUGUUUUUCCUAGCCGAACAUGGCUACCGCGUCAUUGGACACGAUCGACGGGGUCAUGGACGAUCUACCCAAACCUGGGACGGGAACAACAUGGAGACCUUUGUGGAUGACCUGCAGGAGCUGUUCGAGCAUCUUGACAUCAAAGAUGCCAUGAUGGUUGGGCAUUCCCAUGGUGGAGGAGAAGUGACCCGCUUUCUGGGCAAGCAUGGUACCAGCCGCGUCAAGAAAGCCGUGCUCGUCGGAGCCGUGCCACCCCUGAUGCUCAAGACCGCAGCAAACCCAGAGGGAACAGACAAGUCCGUCUUUGACGGUUUUCGCCAAGCAUUCCGUCAGGACCGAGCACAGUUCUUUUUACAGGUUGCCACCGAUCCAUUCUUUGGUUUCAACCGCUCCGGGGUCCAGAAAAGCGAGGGCCAAAUUCGGAGCUGGUGGCAGCAGGGCAUGAACACUAGCUUUAAGACGGCGUACGAUGCAAUCAAGGACUUUUCGGAGACAGACUUCACGGAUGAUCUAAAACGAAUUGAUAUUCCCGUCCUGGUCCUCCACGGCGACGAUGACCAAGUGGUUCCCAUUCAGGCAUCCGGAUAUAAAUCUGUGAAGCUUUUAAAACAUGGAACGCUAAAGGUCUACCCUGGAGGGUCUCAUGCCAUCCAUAACAUUAACGUCGCUGAAGUUAACAAAGAUCUCCUCGACUUCUUGGAGUCUUAAGAGGGAUACUAAAUACCUGGUGUUCUUGUGUUGCAGCAUCCAGAAAGGCUUCACUCACUUGUAAUGGAUUUUUUGUAAUUAUUCAUUGCACCAUCACUAGUUGGAUUGAAAAUAGUAAUUCGAAUCGCUGAAGU